AAUGCUCGCACCUGUUCUCUUGACCAAAUCUCGCGAGGUGCGACGAACACGGAACUCUGUCUCCAUCUAGUGUUACAAAACGCUAUAGCCAAACAACGUUCUAUUCGGAAAUAAAACUUUAGUUACUUUAUCGUCCUAAAAAUCACUCCAAGCUUUCUGGGUGGGGCUGAAUCACUGAAACGGACUGGACGCCGUUCACUAUCGUCACAAAUCUACGAUUCCACCCCCAAGAGACAAGUUAACUUUCAUCUAAAGAAAGAAAAAAAGUUUGUACGCACACGUUGAUUUUCACGUUUUCCAACAUGGACAGCAACAGGAAAAAGUUGGCUUUUAAGAUAUCAAAGCGUCAAACAGUCACCUCCCCAACUGUAUGUUCCCGUCAAAGAGAUGGAACACUCACGCCUGGCAAAGUGCUGCCUAAAGCAGAUUUGCCCCUCACCAACUCCCCUGGACCAGUUGGCUUUGGCGAGCUGAGUCUCUACACCCCUAAGAGGAAAGCGGAGUCACCCCUUGAUGAGGUUGCCUCUCAAAGCAAAGUUGAGCUCAGGAAGCGCACCAGGAAGUAUUUUGAAACAUUCACAUCCCAGGACACCAAUCAGCACGAGUCUGUACAGAGCAACGUAUCCACUCUUGGCUCACACGUUUUCAUCAAGAAAAUGGACAGGACACCAGAAGAAGGCAUGAAGGCAAUCUACAAGAUGGCAUUAUCCGCAGCUUUGGAGACCAGGGAAUUGAUGAGCACACCUACAAAAAUUAGCACUGGUACUAGCUUCUCAGUGCCCCCUGCAAGCCCCCAUGAGAAGAGCGAAGAACACAGUCAGGCUUCACUCAGGACUCAUUGCUGCUGGUCACCACAGCUCAAGAUCAGCGAAGAUGAGUGCUCAACUUCUCAAGCUGUUGUGGUUUCAGUUGGCCAAAAAGAUGAUGUAGUGCCUCAAGUCGGCAAUUGGGAUGACUCCUAUGACGGCGGGAAAUGCCUGAGCCCGCCACGGAAUGACAGCUUUUGUGCUACAUCUCCCUUUUCAUCCCCGAGAGAAUGCAGUGUGGACUUUAGGGAUUUUAAAAUGCCGAUUUUUGUCUCAAACAAGCAGCAAGAAGGCAGAAGCCCUUCACCAGUGGCCCGAGUGGAAAGCGCAACUCUAAACGCCAAGACUCUCGACUUCUCAGACCCCUUUGCCCUGCCGUCACAGUCGGACAGUCGUGAAAGUGCCUCCUCAGCCACACGCAGGCAGUCAUAUGCUGGCUCUUCCGUCCAUUCCCCCCGUUACUCAUUUCAACAUGAUAGAGCUCCGAAGCCAAGACUGUCCAUGGAUAAACCGCAACCCCCUUGGUCAAGUUACCCACACAGCACCGGUGGCUUCAUCGACACACACUGCCAUCUUGACAUGCUUUACGGAAAACUGCGCUUCCGUGGCUCCUUCGGCCGUUUCCGAAGUCUCUACCGCUCUAGCUUUCCGGCAGAGUUUCAAGGCUGCAUUACGGACUUCUGCAAUCCGCGGCUCAUGUCUGAGGAGGCCCUGUGGGAAGAUCUCCUGGAUGAGGAGAUGGUUUGGGGUGCUUUUGGGUGCCACCCACACUUUGCUCAUGAGUACUCCAGCGUUCACGAAUGCAGCAUACUGAAAGCCAUGGGGCAUCCGAAAGCCGUGGCGUUUGGCGAGAUGGGUUUGGACUACUCCCAUAAAAACUCCACUUGUAUCCGCAAGCAAAAAGAGGUGUUUGAGCGGCAGCUGCAAUGGGCUGUGACCAUGAACAAGCCUCUGCUCAUCCACUGCAGGGAUGCAGAUGACGACCUGAUAGCCAUCCUGAAGAAGCGCGUCCCCAGAGAUUACAAAAUUCACAGGCACUGUUUUACAAACAGCUAUCCGGUGAUCGAACCCUUCCUGGAAGCGUUCCCCAACUUGUAUGUGGGCUUUACAGCCGUGAUCACCUAUUCCAGUGCCAUUGAGGCCCGAGAUGCUGUCCGCAAAGUCCCUCUAGACCGCAUCUUGUUGGAGACAGAUGCACCGUAUUUCCUGCCAAGAAUGGUGAAGAAAGACCACUGCAGGUUUUCCCAUCCGGGACUGGGCAUCCAUACACUGCAGGAGUUGAGUCUACUUAAGGGGGAAGACAUGCCCACUACGCUCGCCACCAUCCGAAACAACACCACUCAGCUUUAUGGCAUCUGAAAAUGGGGUUGAAUGUUUGAAAAAUCUUCUUUCAUGCCGUUGGUUUCUUUUUUGGCUCCUGACUAAUAUUAUAUGUAUCUCGAGUUUUGUAUGUGCAGCGCGGUUUACAUGUGUGCAAUUGAAUGCUGUCACAUUAUCAGCCGUUAUUAUAACCUUAGAUUGAUGUGAUUUUAUUGGAUUAAUAUGUUUCAUGUGGUCCGCUUUGGUUUGAAAGCUUGCCAAGUAAAUUCAAUGCUUGAACUCUUGCAGUUUUGUUUUUGAAGCAGCAGUGCCCACAAGAAGAGAGAGGUACACUACGGUACAGUAUGGCGUGGAAGUGAAAAAGCAUUUUUAAGGCACAUUAUUGAUUGGGGGAAUCAAGUACUGUCGCUCUGAAGGACAAGCACAUUUCCACUUUGAAGUUCCAUUUUGAGUGCUUUUUCUUUUGAGCAGGCAAGGUUUUGAAGAGAGAUUGACGGCUCUGACUCAUGAAAAACAGUUAGGGAUGUUCCGGUCGACAGUUUCUCAAUAAAUACAAUCCCAACAUGUGGGUCAGAGUACA